GAAGCGAUCGCUUUCAUCUGCGGUUUGUCAAGAGACCACAGGAGGUGCGGUGUGAAGCUGCUGUCUCAUUACUGUCCACAGCGGGGAGACGACGCUCCGUCAGCUGGCGGCUCUUGUAGGCUUUGCUUCACGUAAAGGGACGGAGCCAAAAGAGAGAGAGAGAGGGAGAGAAGCUGAGAUCGGCGACCCGGAUAUCGUAUGGGACCUGUCAUUUUGGCGAUUCAAAAGAGCAAAGGCGCCGCAAGAGAAACCACCCAGGGCAUGCGUCGUGCGAUCAAACGAGAACACGGGGCGAUCGCAGUUGCGCAAGUAGCAUAACGGAUUCUCGAGGGCAAAGGCUUUAUAGUUUGAAGAAAAGAAAGAGCGGAACGAGCCCAGGAAGUAAAGACAGGAAGAAUAAAAACGAAGAACCGGGCCGACUGCGCACAAGAGACCUGCGGACUGAUCAGAGACAGCAGGGCAAGGCCAUCAGUCAAACUCGGAAUCGACAAUGACCUCCCGCCGUAGCCAGCGGCUAGCCAUCGGCGGGUACCAUCACAACGAAGACGACGGGGGCAGCAGCAGCUCAGCAGGUUCUGUCGCGGGGAGCCAAGUGACCUACCGGGAAAUUCCUGUCAAGAUCUUUAAAAGGAAGUCUACAAGCAGACGUACGACGCCCACCCCGCGGUACGGGAGCAGCACCUACUCUGCUGAGUCAUUGACCACCUACAACAGCGAACCCCUGGAAGAAUCAACUGUAAACAAAACGUACUGGGAAUCUCAAGAUUUGGAGUCUUCUGAUCAAAGAAAAGCAUGGAACAUCAAGACAAAGCCAUACUCGUCCUUGGGUGGAGAUGCCUUUGGAAACUCUUCUGGCUACUCUUCCUCUGAAGAAGGCCACGUUGGUGAUGGGCAGGCUGAGGCAUUUGUGAAUAAGCCGCUACAGCUGAAGGAUGUGCUCUUCUCACCAGGGAAUGCUUUGAGAAUGAUCUACUGGUGGCUGGGUACAGCCUGGUACAGCCUGACCACAGGAGCAUCCCUGCUGGAUGUGUUUGUGCUGACAAGGUACAGCGCUGCUCUGAAGAAAGGCCUUUUGGCAGCUCUGCUUCUGCUCUUAAUUGGCUUGGGAGGCUGGUAUAUGUACCCCUGGAUUAUGGCUCUACGAGUCCCAAAAUUUUUCACUCAGCCUGUAAAGACAAAAGUGCCUUCAGAAUCCAUGAACAAAGUGUACGUGCCGCAACAGGACACCAGCACUCUGUCUCGUCUGGCUGCUCUGGAGCAGCACCUGACCUCCCUGAACAGCGAGAAUGGGGCUUUAUAUCAGAAGAUUGAUGAAUUUGAGCAGGAGCUGGUGAAGAACAAAGAGGAAACAAUGAGGAUGAGAGCCGAAAUCUGGGAUAAAGAUAAGGUGACCAUCCAAAUCCAGGAUGCCAGACUUAAAGACUCAGUCAUACUGGAGGAAGUUCAAGCUAAGCUGGCCCAAAUAAAAUCUUCUUUUCAAAGCCAUCAUUCCCAAGAUUUCACUUCAUUACUCAGCAAAGUGGUGGGCCUGGAGCGAGAGAUCGGCAGCCUGCGUGCAGAGAUGAGUGAGAUCCAGGGGAGCCAGAUGGCAAUGAGGGGUGAGCUGAGUGCUGUGCCCAAGAAGAUGGGGACCAUUAGGAGCCAGUUAUUGGCUGAGAUCGAGGAACUCCUCAAACGCAACAACCCCACUAGGCCUAGUGACAGCGAUCCAGAUGUCAUUCACAACGCAGAUCUGCAGAGGGCACUGUUGGACCUGGAAAGGAAGAUUUUGGACAGGGUUGCCAAGGACAAGAAGGGCAGCGACGUGCUUGUUUCCCAGACAGUUGGAGCCACACUGCAGGGAGCUGGAAUUGCAGGAAUCACCAAGGCGGAUGAAGAGAGGAUUGUCCAGAGGGCCCUGAAUCUGUUCAGGGCAGAUGGGAUCGGAAUGGUGGACUAUGCCUUGGAGUCUGCAGGUGCCAGCGUGAUCAACACUCGCUGUUCUGAGACCUACGAGACCAAAUCCGCGCUCAUCAGCCUGUUUGGAAUACCAUUGUGGUACCAAUCCCAGUCUCCAAGAGUUGUUAUACAGCCAGAUGUGCACCCUGGGAACUGCUGGGCUUUCCGAGGAUCCCAUGGCUUUAUUGUCAUCGAGCUGGCUUCACAGAUCCGUCCCACCGCUGUCACCCUGGAACACAUCCCCAAGUCCAUCUCUCCUCAGAACAAGAUCGACAGUGCACCACGCGAGUUUGCUGUUUACGGUUUGAAGAAUGAAUCCCAGAAGGAAGGCACACUUUUGGGAAGCUUUGCUUUUGAUCAAGAUGGAGAGCCACUGCAGACCUUCUACUUAUCGAACGAAGAGAACAACAUCUAUGGUGUCAUGGAGCUCCGCGUGUUGAGUAAUUGGGGCAACCCAGAAUACACGUGUGUGUACCGCUUCAGGGUUCAUGGAGAGCUGGCCAGUUAGGAGCUGCUGAGCUGGUCACCAUAGCCGGAAUGGUGAAGUGAAUUAUCGAUGGGAAACAACAUGGCAGAUUCCUAACCCAAUCGCUCCUUUCCAAUUUUGGAUCUGCUAUCGCCCUGCACAGCUGCAUAUCAGAAGCUUUGCCAUGCUGCUGCCUGCCAACUCCAGAGAUGAUAUGAAGACGACACAAAAGGGAAUUUUAAAAUAGACUUAGGAAGAAUCGGAUUUGCACUUUGUUCACAGCUGAAAGCGGGCUGAGGCUUUAUUUUUUUUUUUUCUCGUUUGCUUCUCUUUCACUGACUCUUGGAACACGUGAGUGGCUGCGGUUUCAAAUUCCUGGAACGCCGUUGAGCGGCUUCCUUCAAGUCGGUUGUUCUUCUGCAGCUGAAGAUGCACCUCAAAAACGUUUAAUAUAUGCAGUAUAUAUAUAUUUUUUUUUUUUUAUUCGUUCAAAUUUCAGGAAGAGUCGACGAGACCGGUUUUCGUUUUAUCUUUUUUUUCUACAAUACCCGUAGAAAAAAAUGAAAAUGUUGUGUAGUUAUUGGACAGAGCCUAUUAUCAACUAGAAUUGUGAGGGGCUUGGCUGGCAUGCUAUAGAAACGUGGCAAAGGCCCAACUUUGUGUCUCCCAUAUUGGAACAUAUUGUCGAAUUUUGUAUUCAGACUGGAAGGGAAUUGGAGCAACUGGUUCAGAGGAGCACUGGACGUGAAAAGAGUCCGUACUUAUGUAAGAUUUUAUACCUUUAAUCUUUGACUUUGUAACUGUUUUGAAGACUUUUCAGCUCUUCGGUAAAAUUUCUAACAACCUUAAAUUAUUUUAAGUAGGUUUGGUGACGGAUAAACGAAUAUUGAGAAAUGUGUAACGGCCCCUUAGGCUUAAACCUCCAAAAUAAGGCUUUACUUUUCUCCAGGACUCCGAAUCUCCCAUUUAAAAGUAAUUUCUUCUGUAUAUCACUUUUUCUUCAUAUAAACACAGCCAUCCAUUGCCAUAACCCGCUUGCCAGGACAUAUUCAUUUGUAUUUCUGAUGUAAACAUUUAUGUAUCCUUUAAUUUACCUACACAAGCCUUUUAGUUAGAGGCCAUGUCAUAUUACAUGACUUCUCCAGUAAUUUUCCCAUCAUAGACUUCAUUUAAUUAAUCCCAGCAGUCCAGAGGGAUGUGCUGUUUUUGACCGCUAGUUGUGUAGUUUGACAUUACCAGCAACUCACUCCAACUGGUCUGUGACUCGCCCCGACAAAAUCAAGUAGGUUUGACUUUGCCUUUAGUUGUAGGAGCUGGGCUCUGUGUGCUUUAGAGAAGACAACCAAUGAACGCUCAACCCGGAAGUCCAAUGCAUAUAAUGCAGCGACAAAGAUUAAGGAAAGCAGGUGUUUUGGACCUUGGCACGUCUGUCAGAUGUUUCAUGUUUUACAUGUUUGUGCAAUUUGACAUACUUGGUCAACACAAUCAACAACAGCAGUCGUCAAGUUUGACAUCCCCUCCGACUAUAAGUCGUGUAAUGUGAUAUGGCCAUAAUAUUUUGAUCUGAAGCUUCCUAUCUCCUACAUGAGAACUCGUAUUUUGAAUGAAACAUUUUGAAUGUCCAACACAUCACGUUUUAUCCUCUUCUCCUUUACACCUUCUUUCUAAUUUAUACCUUCUCUAUAGGAAUGUCAAUCCAUCCGUCCAUUAUCCAACCCGCUAUAUCCCACUCUGCUGAAGCCAAUCCCAGCCAACACAGGGCACCAGCCC